AUGUGGAGUGUACUUCAAUCAACUCCUGGCGAAAGCCUCCCCAUGGAUAUGGAAGAAUAUGGCGAUGACCAGAUGAUGGCCCACAAAUCGGUACUGCGCAUGAGAUCAACACCAGCAAAUCCAAACAGUAUGAGCAAACAGCAGGUUGAUUCGGUGAGGAAGUGGCUGAAAAAGAUCCCAUCCGGCCCAGCUGCGCUGGAGGCUGACAUGUCGUCUAUUAUGGCAGAAUUCGAUGUGAUCAAGACUUCAUCUUCACCUGGAGCGGAAGCUGAGAGCUCAGAUUCAGCAUCGUCGUUUGAUAUAGUCGCUCAAGAUACAGCAUCACCGCACCCUGCUCCAGAUACACCCGUGGAGAAAGUGUUAAGCGCUGAAUUCUUGAAUACCCUUCAACAACCGUUAUCUUCAUGGUUGAUGCGAAUAAUUCCAAAGGAAAGCCAAAAGGUUGAAUCAGAUCCAGGAGCAGUUGCUCACGAAUCAUUGCGUUCAAUGAAGCGACCUCAUAGUAGCAGCGACGUGAAAAAACUGCUAGCUUUGUGUCAUUGA